CCGCUUAUUGCAGACCAAAGAGCGCAGCGCUUCCACAUUUCACUUUCUUCGCUCGCCUCCUCCGAUCCCUCAGAAGUCAGAAAGAGAGGCAAUUUAAUGGAGUUGGAAAUGCGUAUAAAGCUGUGAAUUUCGCACACAUACACACAGAGUGAAAGAAAGAGAGAUCGAGAUGAGGAUGGAGGAGGAGACUCACAUUCUGGAGAUUCACUUGAUCUCUGCUCAAGGUCUGAAGGCGCCAAGCGCUAACCUGCGCCGAAUGCAAACAUACGCUCUCGCCUGGGUGGACUCCUCCGCCAAGCUCAGAACAAGCGUGGACCGAUUUGGCGGAGAAAACCCCACCUGGAACGACAAGUUCCUCUUCCGAAUCUCACCCGACUUCAUCUCAAGUGAAACCUCCGGCGUCACCUUCGAGUUCUACGCCGUCGCCUGCAUUAAGGAUAUUCUCGUCGGAUCCGUCCGUUUCCUACUCAGCAGCUGCCCCACUGCAGUCCAGGCAUCCGCCGGAACUCCGGCCUUCAUAGCCGCCCAGAUACAACGCCCUUCUGGAAGAUUCCACGGCGUCCUCAACAUCGGAGCCGCUGUCUACAAAGCUACCAAGUUGGAUCGUGCAAUGAUGAACGGAGUGCCGGCAACUUCUUUCCGCGACUUGAUGGGGAAGAAAGAAAACCUCCUCCGCCGUAACCGACGCCUGAGCGACAUCGGAUCCAAGCGAAGCAGCCAUAGAUCAUCCAAUGGAGACUCAACCAAUUCUUCUUUAUCGUCAUCAUCUUCCAAUUCCUCCAGCAGUUGCUCCUCAGCGACAGAUGCGGGAAAGAAAGAGCUUGGAUCAGACGGUGGGGGAGGAGGCUUGCUGUGUGGACUAAUGAUGCAGAGAAGAUUCAGUUUCUGUCCGUUGGAUCAGAACAUGAUGCGGAUUGCGGAGUGGGCCGACUCUCUUGAGAAGAAGCAAUGAGCAGCCCACUCUAUAUCGGCCCAAUUUUACUGCAAAUUUGCCAUAGCCCAAUGGCCCGAGUAACCAAAUUGCUAAACUUUACAACCAAGUGAGAUGGAGUUGAACUACAUACUUUUCUUUGUUUAAGCUCUCUAUUGCCUUAAAUUCUAGCUUAUAUAGUUGCAUUAUAUUGAAAAAUUAAGGA